AUGUUUUCCAAAAUAAUCCGCGAGAUAACAGUUGCAGCAGCUCGAGGCGGAAUCGACCCAAAAUUCAACCCGAGAUUACGACUUGCGAUCUUGUCCGGAAAAGAAGCCAACUUGCCGAAAGUCAGAAUAGACGAAGCGAUAAAGAAGGCCUCUUCCCCAACUGACACCAGUCUCUACAAGGAAGUGAAGUACGAAGGUUACGCUGCUUCCGGCGUCGCAGUCAUUGUUGAGACUCUCACAAACAACAAGAACCGAACAGUCCAAGCAAUCCGCUCGACAUUCACCAAGUACGGCGGAGCCCUGGGAGAAAACGGCUCAGUGAGUUUCAUGUUCAAAAACAUGGGACUUAUAACAUAUCCGAAAGAAACAAAAAGUGCAGACGAAAUGAUGGAUCUUGCGAUCGAAGCGGGUGCAGAGGAUUGUCAGCUUGUAGAAGAUGAACAUGAAAUAUUGUGCAACAUGGAGAACUUUCAUACGGUCAGAGAGUUUCUAGAAAAGAAUUUGGGUGAAGCGAGCAGUGCAAAGUUGAUCUGGAAACCUAAUAGCACUUUGACCUUGGACCAUGAGAAAACUACGAAAGUGCUGAAACUAUUGGACGUGUUGGAAGAUCUCGAUGAUGUUCAGAAUGUGUGGUCGAAUAUAGAUAUUCCGGAUGAUUUUAAUAUAGAUGAGAUAUAA